AAAACAAGAAAGAAGUCAUAUACAGAAACAAAACAACCCCUCUCUUCUCCCCUUUUUCCCAUUUUCACCAUCUCUUUCUCAACCAUUUGUUCAGAUUCCUUCAAUGGUUUUUGCGCUUAUUUCCAUUUGAUUGUAUUGUAUAGAUACGCCCUGACCUUCAUUGCUUGUACACACACAGUCUGCUGUUUUCAGUGGGUUUUUUCUGAGUAUAAGAAGACAACUUUUUGUUGGGUUUUUGAUUUCUUCUUCUUAAUUUUUUUUUAUUUUUAUUUUUCUGGGUUUAUUGCAGAAAAGCUUUAAUACCCAGAAAGCAUAUGCUUUGGAAAGUGUAAAGGAAUAGUCAAGCCUAUUUUUAUCUUACAAAUUGUUUUCUUGAAAGGUUUUGAUAAUUUAUAUAUAUAGGGAAAACUGGUGUUUUUCAGCUUUUUUUUUUUAUUCAAUUUGUGGUGAAUUUUUGUUGAAUUUUGUGUAAUUUUGAUAUUGGGGAAGAAAAAAGAAAUUGAGAGAGAUGGGAAAGCAUGGACCUUGCUAUCACUGUGGUGUUACAAGCACCCCUCUUUGGCGUAAUGGGCCUCCAGAGAAACCAGUACUCUGCAAUGCAUGUGGAUCUCGGUGGAGAACAAAGGGAACUCUUGCAAAUUAUACACCUCUACACGCUAGGGCUGAACCUGAUGAGUUUGAGGACUAUAAGGUUUCCAAGGUGAAAAGCAUAUCUAUUAAGAACAAAGAGGGAAAGGUUCUCAAGAGGAAGUACGAUAAUGAUACUACUGAAUUUGGGGGAGGUCCUUCUGACUAUAGCCAGGGGUUCCGUAAGGGGUUUGAUGAAGAUACUAGUAAUCGGUCUAGUUCUGGUUCUGCUAUAUCGAACUCGGAGAGCUGUGCUCAAUAUGGCAGUGCUGAUGCAAGUGAUUUGACAGGUCCAUCCCAACCCACCGUAUGGGACACAAUGGUGCCUUCCAGAAAGAGAACCUGUGUCACUCGUCCAAAGCCAUCCCCAGUUGAGAAGCUUACCAAAGAUCUUUAUACAAUAUGGCAUGAACAACAGUCAUCAUGCUUGUCUGCAUCUUCAGAAGAGGAGUUGCUUCUUGAGAGUGACAAGCCAAUAGGAUCUGUAGAGUUUGGACAUGGAAGUGUACUCAUUCGGCAUCCAAGCUCAAUAGCUCGAGAAGAAGAAUCAGAAGCUAGCUCCCUUUCGAUUGAUCACAAGCGACAAAGUUUGAAUUCUCGACUGGUGGCUUUUCCUGGUCUUAUUGAAGACAAAAGUGCUAAUUUAUCAAGUCAAGGAAUUGAUAAAAUCAAGAGGCCUGCUAAUCCAGGCAUAGAGCAACAGCGCAUCAGAAGAGACAAGGAUCAACUAGAGAAAUUACAGAUUAUGGCACAUCAUAAUUCACCGCUAUGUUACAUAGACCUUCAAGAUGUUCUGAAUUUUGACAACUUCGCGAGUCAUUUAACAAAUGAAGAACGGCAGCAGUUGCUGAAGCUUUUACCUUCUGUGGAUACUUUGGAAGCGCCAGACAGGGGCUCAGUUUCGAUUUCCAAUAUUAGAAGCAUGUUUGAUAGCCCCCAGUUCAAGGAGAAUUUGUUGUCCUUCCAAAAACUUCUUGCAGCUGGACUUUUUGACAACUCUUUGUCCGACCUCAAGAUAGAAGAUUGUAAGUUUCUGAAGAAAUUUGUUUUGUGCAAUUUGACGAAAUCAAAGUGGGUGGAACAGUAUAAAGCCUUUAAGGAAUCAAAAGGCAAAAACAUCAUGAACGAGUCAGAAGUUGCGGGAGAGUCCAACACACUUGCAACUGAUUCUUCACUGAGUGUAAAAAAACCACGAGAAGGACUGCACCGGAAAUUAUCAGGAGAUAAUGCGACAAUGGGGAGCCCCAGAAGAAUAAUCAUGACACCAAACUAUGAUCAGAAGGAACUAAUAGAUAAGGGGUGCUCUUUCUUCAGCCCAAAACGACUCUUUUCAUCUCAUAACGAUGAUAGCUCCCAGGUGCUGGAUUCCACCCACUUUGCUGAUGAAAGUUCCGAACAGGAUUUGCUGCUUGAUGUGCCAUCCAACGGCUCCUUCCCACAAGCCGAACUACUACUCCCAAGUUCGAGCUUUGGUGCGCAAGCAAGCACUAGUAGUAGUUCAGUAUAUCCGAAUUUUGUCCGUCCCUGAUACUGAUGGCAGCUAUCAAACCCUCUUUAUUCCUUUCUUCACCAGCUCUGUUUUUGGUACGCUUCAGUAACAAGCCUGGUGAUCUUGCUCUCAUUUUAUUUUGCUUUUAUCUAUUGCCAGAAAUAGGAGUCCAAAGAUGAGGUUUGAUGGUUGCCUUCUUUCCUCUAUUUCCCUUGAGGCACGUGAAAAAAGGGAUUGCAAGGGAUGCAACUACCUGGCUUUUGCCUUUUCCUUUUCCUUCUUUGUAUAGAUUGAGAAAAGAUUGUUAAAUAGCUUGAAGGGAGGAAAGAUAGUAGUUUUUGAGGUUCCAUGUGAUCUUGAUGUGCUUACAAGUUACACGACUAUGGGCCUAGUUGGAAUUAAUAUGGUAUCGUUUGUCGAA